AUGUCGUCCAAAUCCAAACCGUCUCGACUAUCAAUGAUCAACCACGCCGCGGGCAUCUUCGCCGACAUGUCGGUUGAUGGCCCCGCCAUUGGCACGCUGGUUGCCGUCAUCGACCGUGCCAAGAAUCUCCCCAAUCGCAAGACCAUGGGGAAACAGAACCCUUACUGCGCAGCUCGUCUUGGGAAAGAGGCCAAGAAAACAGAGACUGACCUGCGAGGUGGUCAAACCCCGAAAUGGUUGGUAAAAGUCCUCGAGGUCAGCUCGGACGACAUAUUAACGCAAUCCAGGGAUCAAGAAUUACGAUUCACCGUCCACGAAUCGCCCGACUACUUCCGGCUUAAGGUCUCCGUGUUCAACGACGACAAACGAACUGACUUGAUCGGUGAGACCUGGGUCGACCUGAAAGAUCUGAUUAUUCCCGGAGGCAGCCAGAGUGAUCAGUGGCACCCGCUGCAGCACCGGGGCAAGUAUGCCGGCGAUAUCCGGAUUGAGAUGACUUACUAUGAUACUAGACCUGAAGAUGAGGCCGUCAUUGAACGCCGCACUCAUGCUGCAGAGAAGGCCCACGGCAAAUCUAUCAGCUCUGCUGCCGCUGCCAACUCGACCCCCGUCGGUUCAUCCUCGCUUUCGGGGCCCCGCCAGCUGAAAGACAUCAAACGUCGUCCAUUAGCCAGUGAUUCAAGCAAUACGCCCCCUCCUGCGCGUCCAGGUCCUCCCGAAAAGGUGUCUUCGGCGCCUGUGCCGGCUUAUGCCACGCCUCCACGGCCCAUGCAAGAACACACGCAUUCGAUGCCUCCUGCGGGGGAACACAUGCGCCAUCCUCCUCCCCGACACGCGAUGGCUGCGGAUGCGUCGUACGAAUCGGCUACGGCUCCCGCUCCCCGGCCUAUGAGAACAUACGAAACCCCCGAUGAUUUCAAUCAAUGGAAUCCUGCACCACCACCCCUGGGCAUUUCGAAACGCCAUCCACCAGAGACGCACUAUACAUCGUACCGCGGGGACAAGCCGGGAGAUCCAUACGACGCCCACUCAUACGUACGCCCUCGGUCUGGUUAUGGUAACCCGCCGCCGCCAGUGGACCACCGCUCAACGAGACAGGAAACGCCUGUCAAUCGGCCAGAGCAACAGCCGCCUGAGAUGAUGAUGCAUGCACCUAUUGCUGAGCCUCCUCGGCCCAGCAGCCACCAUAGCAACUACUCCUUCCCUACACCGGAGCAUUACGUGCCCAAUGGCGAAGUAGCCAUGACAAAUUGCCCGCCCUCCGCUCGAUACGCCUCGCGGUCAUCCGGAGGUGCCAGCGUGCAAGACGGGGUCGAAUACAUGGCCCAGACGCCCGUUGAAUCGGACUGUGCUUAUCGCCCACAUAGUAACUCUCUCGCACACGCCGAAUACGCUACGAUGCAGCCUCGCGUCGACGACGACGAGGAGGACGGCCCUCCGCCUCCGCCGCCAGUGCAUCGCUCUGGCCUGGGCUCAUCCACUCACUCCCAGUUAGUACCGUCACCAACUCCCUCGUACCAUGCUUACUCCCCAGAGUUUGCACCGUCCCCCCGGACCUCGCACGAAGUCAGCCGAUCCACGCCUUCCCACCACCUCCUAGCCGACGCGGCGGCCCGCCUGCAGGACCUCCCCCGGCUUACGAGUCAGUCCUCCAUGCCUCCCAGCCUAGUCGCGGGCUUUGAUCCCGCCAUCGCCGACGCCGAGUCCGACCGCGUCGCCCACGAGCGUCGCGCCUCGCGCCGCCAGAGCGCCAUUCUCAAUGACGAUGACCCAUUCUGUCCGCCCUCGCGCGAGCCAUCCCCCGCCAGGCUGCCGCCCUACCCUGUCGAUGCUUCGUCGCAACCACCGCCGCUGGAGCCCCAACAGACGCAGGCGCUAGUCCCCCGGCGGUCCUUCAACUCUGAUCCACGUGUCAUGCCACGCCGCAAGUCCGUUAGCCCGCAGCCUCUUUUGGGGGAGCCCUCCACGGCGCCUCAAAUCCCAUUUUCCCCAGACUCCUUUGACGCGUUCAACCCCAAUGCGGCCCGCUCCGCAGUUACCCGCGACCCGGCCCCAGCCUACGAGACCCCCGCGCAGGCCAUGGAAGCCGCUCGUCGCAGCGAAGUCGAAGCCGCGCGCGGACCGGGCCCCAUCAUUGGCGACGACGGCCGCGAGAUCGAUCCCUCGGACCACCUCCCCACGGACACCUGGGCGCCAGAGCCGGACCGGAAGAAGAAAUCCGGCGUGGUGGUUCGUUUCCGCAAGAACCCCGCCGCCGUCGCGGCCGCUGCGGCGCGCACCAGUCCAGGACCAGGACCUCCUCCGCCCCCAAAGGACUACCAUCCCGCUGCGGCCCCCGUGCGUCCUCCUUCUUCCUAUGGCCCAGACGCAGCGGAGAACCACCGUGGUCGCCCGGGUCGUGCAGGGCACAAUCGAACAUAUAGCACGCCGUCUCCACGCUCGCUUCGCAGUCGGAGCUCGGUCUCCCCUUCUCCUGGGUCCCAUUCACCGUCGAGCCUGUAUGCCCCGGGUAAUCCUGGUCCCCCGAUCCCAGCGAAGGUUCCCAUCGCGCAGCCCAUCGGACAGCGCGCUUUGAUGACGCCAGGCGGGGGACCGGGGAUGGAUGCACUGAGUCGCGAACUGAAUACGAUCGAUAUCGGAUCUGUGGGAUGUACUACCGGACGUGCCAUGAGGAAAUCAGACGCUCGUCGAAAACAAACACGAACGCAACAAUCUGCCCCCUCCAGUUCCAACUCCAACUCCAAAUACAACCCCCCCAAAAAAGGAGAAUCCCCAGUCCCAAAAUGCGAAUGCACCGACCCCUGCACCACCGCCCUAGAAACCACCACCGCCACCGGUGGAGCCUCUGGCUCGGGACCAGGGUCAGGCACACACCUGAGGAAGGUAAUCUCGCAUAUCUUCGGCCGCAACAAGACCUCAACGAAGCAGUUCCCGUCACAAGUCUGGGUUCAUUAUUGUCGGAAACAUUAUCAGCGGGCAAGGUACCGCGCGACGCAGUGGGCGUUCAUGCAGUGUGAGUUGUUGUUGGAUUCGUUGGAUCGGAUGGAAGGGUGGGGAGGGGUGCAGGAUUUUCAGGUGGAUUUGAGAUUGAGAGAGAAGAUGCGGAGGGAGAAGGGACAACAGGAUAGAGGACAUGAUCAAUAUCUGUAUGGAGACCAGGAUGAACACCAAGAUGAUGAGGUGAUGGCUAAAUCUGCCAAACAGAAACAUGCCAAUUCUCAAGAGAAAGGAGAAGAGCCCAAUCCAGAAGAGACAAAACGCAAAAAACCCACUAUUCAAACAGCGCCUGUCCCUGAGUGGUUAGAAAACCACCAGGGGUCGAACAAAUCAUUCGACGAUAUUCGAAACAUCAUUUACCAGUUGAAGGACUAUUUCGACCUCUUGGAAAGGGAGAAUCGAGAAAACGAGAUUCGGUUUCCGGAUAUUGAGAUCCUACCUACGUUUAAGCCAUGGGUUACGGGGGAGGAAGAAGGUAUUGCAGGUUCGAAGGCACAUAGUCAAUCGGAGAGUCCAGAAUGA